GUGCUGCGCUACUCAGUCGUUUGUUUGGACAAAUUCCUUUAAGAAAAAAGAGCGUGAUGGAGUGCUUCGUCAGAUGACGUGGCCUCCACAAUCACCUGAUCUAAACCCAAUUGAGACGGUUUGGACCGCAGAGUGAAAGCAAAGCAGCCAACAAGUGCUCAGCACCUCUGGGAACUCCUUCAAGACUGUUAGAAAACCAUUUCGAGUGAUGACCUCAUGAAGCUGAUUGAGAGAAAGUCAAGAGUGUGCAAAACUGCAAUCAAAGCAAAAGGUUUGUCACACCGUUCUCCCAGAAGUCCUGUCUUCACCUCAGUGCAGCGUUAAACCUGAAAAACUGGGAGAAGAAAAAUCGCAUCUUGUAUCCUCCUCAGGAGAAGGACGAGCCCCGGAGACCGGCCGAGAUCUAUCAUUGCAGACGUCAAAUUAAGUACAGCAAAGACAAGAUGUGGUACCUGGCGAAGCUGAUUAGAGGCAUGACCAUCGACCAGGCCCUGGCUCAGCUCGAGUUUAAUGAUAAGAAAGGAGCCAAAAUCAUCAGAGAGGUCCUUUUGGAAGCUCAGGAAAUGGCGGUGAAGAGCCACAGCGUUGAAUAUAAAUCCAAUUUGUAUGUCGCCGAGUCGUUCUCGGGUAAAGGCCAGUAUCUGAAACGCAUCCGCUACCACGGCCGAGGCAUGUUCGGCAUCAUGGACAAGGUGUACUGCCAUUACUUUGUGAAGCUUGUAGAAGGUUCGCCUCCCACAGUGGAGCAGAACACACCAUUUGACCAGGCCAAGGAGUACGUAGAAGAGCUGAAGAACCGGACCAUCAUCUGCUCUCUCUAACUGACAAUCCAACAAGAACUCUUCUCUUUCUGUAAAUAGUACCAGAAUAAAAUGAUUGAAAAUG